ACAUCGAUCGAGCGAAUUGGCAGAGAAAAGGGCAUGUCUUCCUCUACCUCCAUGUCAGUGGUGGCGGUGGUUCUACUGGUACUGGCGGCGGCACAGCCAGCGCGGGCGGAUCCGGCGUGCUACUGGCGGUUGUUCAACUUCGGGGACUCCCUGUCGGACACGGGCAACUACCACUUCGUCUUCCCGGACGACAACCGCGAGCCCGCGAUGAGGCUGCCCUACGGCGAGACCUUCUUCAACCGCUCCACCGGCCGCUUCUCCAACGGCCGCCUCAUCGUCGACUUCAUCGCGGAAGCACUGGAGCUGCCGUUCUUGCGGCCGUACUGGAGCGGGGGGAGCGCAGAGGACUUCGCGCGCGGGGCCAACUUCGCCGUUGGCGGCGCCACGGCGCUGAGCCCGGAAUUCUUCGAGGAGAAUGACGCGCCCCUGCCUAACCCUGACACGGUGUGCCUCGACAAGGAGUUGGAUUGGUUCCGCGACCUGCUCGAGUUGCUCUGCCCCAACGAUUUGGCCGAUUGCACCAACAUGAUGGACAAAUCUCUCUUCUUGGUUGGUGAAAUUGGGGGCAAUGAUUACAACCUACCUAUUUUCACUGAGGUGUCCUUUGAGAAGAUUCGCACCUUCACCCCGAGCGUUAUUGCGAAAAUUUCUUCUGCUGUUACCAAAUUGAUAGAGCUGGGUGCCAAAACGUUGCUAGUUCCUGGCAACCUUCCAAUUGGCUGCGUCCCAGCCUACCUCAUGAGAUUCGAGAGUGACAAGGCAGAAUAUUAUGAGCCAGACACUGGUUGCAUACGUUGGAUGAACGAGUUCUCGCAAUAUCAUAACAAACUUCUUGUGGAUGAGUUGGAAAAAUUGCGGAAGCUUCAUCCUGGCGUGGUGAUCAUCUAUGCUGAUUACUAUGGAGCUGCUAUGAAGGUUUUCCGUUCUCCUGAGCAAUUUGGGAUCAAGUAUCCUUUGGUGGCUUGCUGUGGUGGAGAAGGAUUUUAUGGUGUGUCCGAAACUGGAGGAUGUGGAUACGGAGAAUACAAGGUUCGUGAUGAUCCAGAAAAGUACGGAUCAUGGGAUGGCUUCCAUCCAUCAGAAGCUGUAUACAAAGCAAUUGCGAAUGGCCUGUUGAGAGGAUCAUACACCCAGCCUCCGAUUGCCACCACCACCAAUUCAUGUCCACAGCUUACUGAGAUUGUCUCGGAAAACAAGGUCCUCUCUGAUUUGUAACUACGUUCAGACUUUUAUACAAUCUCAUAAUUUUCUUAAUUGCAACCAUGAUUGUCAUGGUUGCAGUUUCUGGAUUCUCAAUUGUAACAAAUGUGUACGUAUGCUAAACGGUACAGCUUCACUUACGCAAUAAAGGAUAAAGAGAUACCUACAUUUUUCGGC